AAACUUGCAGCUGCUCACUUUUCAGACUAUGCUCUUGUUUGGUGGAAUAAGUUUGCAAAAGAGAGAUUGAGAAAUGAGGAGCCAGCGGUGGAAACAUGGGCUGAAAUGAAACGAAUCAUGAGGAAAAGAUAUGUCCCUUCAAGCCAUGCUAGGGAUGUAAAAUUUAAACUUCAAAAACUUACCCAAGGCAGCAAGAGUGUUGAGGAGUAUUACAAAGAACUUGAGGUGCUUAUGUUGCAAGCCAAUCUUGAGGAGGAUGAAGAGGUAACCAUGAUUCGAUUUAUUAAUGGUUUAUCUAAUGAUGUUAGAGAUAUUGUAGAACUUCAGGAAUAUGUAGACAUGGAAGAAUUGCUGCACAAGGCCACUAAAGUUGAGCAACAACUCAAAAGGAAAGGGCUUGCAAGGAAGAGUUCUACCAAUUCCAAUUCAUCUUGGAGAGACAGAAUGAAGAAUGAAGGGCCGAGCACCCUUAGCAAACCAGCCACCAAACCACAAGCUUCAGCUUCUUCAAAACCUCUUGAACAACCAUCCAAAAAGAGCAAAGAGGUCAAGUGCUUCAAAUGCCAAGGUAUGGGACAUUAUGCUUAUGAAUGUGCCUCCAAAAAGACCAUGAUUCUUAAGUAUGAUGGAGACUACACCAGUGAGUCCGAAGGAGAACAAAGUGAAGAAGAAGAGGAGGCAGCCAUGAAUGGUGAACUGUUGAUGAUCCGAAGAAUGCUUGGUAGCCAACAAAAGCCAAAGAAAGAAAGCCAAAGAGAGAAUAUCUUUCACACAAGAUGUUCUGUCAAUGGGCAGAUUUGCUUGAUGAUUGUUGAUGGCGGGAGCUGUACUAAUGUGGCUAGUGAAAGAAUGGUGGAGAAGCUGAACCUGGUCACAAAACCACAUCCUUGGCCAUACAAACUUCAAUGGCUCAGCCACUAUGGAGAAAUACAAGUAAGUAAGCAAGUUGAAGUUGACUUUUCCAUUGGCAAAUACAGGGAUAAGGUUCUUUGUGAUGUUGUUCCCAUGGAGGCUAGUCACAUACUGCUGGGAAGACCAUGGCAAUAUGACACCAAGGAUUAUGAGGAUGUGUUUCCAACAAGUGUUCCAAGUGGUCUACCACCACUGAGAGGAAUUGAGCAUCAAAUUGAUCUCAUUCCGGGAGCUUCUUUGCCUAAUAGGCCAGCAUAUAGAAGCAACCCACAAGAAACCACUGAAAUUCAAAGACAAGUGGAAGAACUCUUGAACAAAGGGUGGGUAAGAAAUAGCAUGAGUCCUUGUGCUGUACCGGUGAUUUUGGUACCAAAGAAAGAUGGGACUGAUCAAGAUCCAUGUGAUUUUACAUCACCAUUAAGAACUAGGAAACAGAUUGGUCUAAUCCCAAGUGCACCAUUAGUUGUGAAGCCAACAAUUUUGAGCAAUCCUCAAGAGACCGAGCAGGGAGUAGUUACUUUGUUUGAUUCAAGUGUUGUGGAUGAGGAAAAGAUCAAAGCCAUUCAAGAGUGGCCCACUCCUAAAUCCGUGGGUGAUGUAAGAAGUUUUCAUGGCUUGGCCAGUUUCUACAGGAGGUUUGUAAAGGACUUUAGUACCUUGGCAGCACCCCUAAAUGAAGUGGUGAAAAAGAAUGAGGGUUUUCAUUGGGGAAAGAAUCAAGAAGAGGCCUUUGCUGCCCUAAAGCAUAAGCUUACCCAUGCACCUAUACUUGCUUUACCUAACUUUACUAAAUCUUUUGAACUUGAAUGUGAUGCUUCAAAUGUAGGUAUUGGUGCUGUGUUGCUUCAAGAAGGCCACCCAAUUGCUUAUUUUAGUGAAAAGUUAAGCGGAGCUGCCCUUAACUAUUCUACUUAUGAUAAGGAAUUGUAUGCUUUGGUGAGAGCUUUGAAGACUUGGCAGCAUUAUCUUUUGCCCAAGGAAUUCGUGAUUCAUAGUGAUCAUGAGUCGCUGAAAUACUUGAAGGGGCAAGGUAAGUUGAACAAAAGGCAUGCCAAAUGGGUUGAAUUUUUGGAACAAUUUCCCUAUGUCAUAAAACACAAAAAGGGGAAAAGUAACAUUGUGGCUGAUGCUUUAUCCAGGAGACACGUGCACAAUGGAUUUUUAUUUAAGGAAAACAGGUUGUGUGCGCCUAAAAGUUCCAUUAGAGAACUGCUUGUUAAAGAAUCCCAUGCUGGGGGAUUAAUGGGUCAUUUUGGAGUCCAAAAGACUCUAGAAACUUUACAGGAACAUUUCUAUUGGCCCAAAAUGAAACAUGAUGUGAUCAAGUUUUGUGAACAUUGCAUUGUUUGCAAGAAGGCUAAGUCUAAGGUGAUGCCACAUGGUUUGUAUACUCCUUUGCCAAUCCCUGAAUACCCUUGGGUUGACUUGUCUAUGGACUUUGUUUUAGGCCUCCCUAGAACAAAGAAUGGUAAGGAUUCAAUUUUUGUGGUUGUUGAUAGGUUUUCAAAAAUGGCUCAUUUUAUUCCUUGCAGGAAAGCUGAUGAUGCUUGUCACGUUGCUGAUUUGUUCUUUAAAGAAGUUGUAAGACUUCAUGGGAUGCCUAGAAGCAUAGUUAGUGAUAGGGACACCAAGUUCCUAAGUCACUUCUGGAGGACUUUAUGGGGGAAGUUAGGCACUAAACUUUUGUUCUCUACCACUUGCCACCCACAAACUGAUGGGCAAACUGAGGUGGUUAAUAGGACCCUAGGCACCUUGCUUAGGACUGUCCUUAAGGCCAAUUUAAAGGCUUGGGAGGCGUGUUUGCCUCAUGUUGAAUUUGCUUACAAUAGGGCUGUCCAUAGCACUACCAAUUGCUCCCCAUUUGAAGUAGUGUAUGGAUUUAACCCUUUGACUCCUCUUGAUUUAUUGCCUAUGCCUAACAUUUCGGUGCACAUGAGGAAGGAAAGGUUUCCAGAACAAAGGAAAUCCAAACUCCAACCUAGAGGGGAUGGACCUUUUCAAGUACUUGAGAGAGUCAAUAACAAUGCCUAUAAAAUAGAGCUUCCAGAUGGAAGAGAAUUUGAUUUGAGGUCAAAUCCUUUUCAAGAGGGAGGGAAUGAUGAGGACAAGGACAAGGACAAGGGUCAUGGAGCGCGAAAAGGACUUGGAGGACCAAUGACUAGGGCAAGGGCUAAAAGGGCCAAGGAAGCACUUCAACAGAUGAUAGCAUUAGCUCUUGAGGAAGGAACCCAUGUGCGAGAACUUGAGCCCAAAUUGGUGAAUUUCCUCAUGAACUAUGAAGAGGAAGUCGUCCAAGAUCAGCCCAAUUAAUUGGAGCUGAGUUCGAAUUUUAUUUCUAGUUUUUUUUUCAAUCCAAUAAGUCCCUAAUACACCAAGGAUGCAUUAGCAAUUAAUGGACCUGAAGUGGAGGCAUGUGGGGCGUGAAUAAGAAGGCUUUAAGGGAGGAAUAUUCCAAGUUUGCAUCAGCUCUUGAUGGCUGAAGUAAAACUCCAAGAAUCUCUUUCAAUUGAAGUUAAUUUCCUGUUUUUGUUUAAUGUAAUGAGAGAAAGUUUAGGGGCUGUUACAAGCUGAGCUUGACCAGCUCAUUAGGAGUUUUUAUUUGAAUUUUCAGUUCAGAAUUGGAUGUUAAAACUCCAUAAUUAGUCAUUAAUUGGAGUUAAGACCAUGACUCACCUUUGUAAUUCAAAACAAAGCCAAACUCUUUUAAAAGGGAGGGACGGCCAAGC